AUGUUUAUAAUCCAUCAACUUCCUAGACUUCAUUUUUUGCAUAUACCCAUAAGACUUAUUCUAAUCACCUCUACUCUGUUAUCCAAUACAAACCCAGUAUCCAUACCCAAAUCCAGAACCGGGCCCGCAUCCCUAUCUCACUUCUCAACAAGUACGAGUCAAUCACCACACCAAGAAAAGAUACAAUUGUCUCUUGAAAAGCUGUUUGUGCCGCCGGAAACGGAGGUUUCGGAGCCGGAGAAUGGGAUUUUGAGUGCAAGAAUCUUGAAAGGCUCGAAUAUUGUGCUGAGCAAGUAUGCUGGAGGUGGUGCUGAAGUGGUGAAUGCGGAGUUUUUGAAGAGCAGUGUGACAACUGAGGACUGCCCCUCGAAUGGGCUCCCGGAAUUUGCUCUUGUGGGACGGUCCAAUGUGGGGAAAUCGUCCCUGCUUAACUCGCUGGUCAGGCGCAAACGCCUCGCGCUGACCUCCAAGAAGCCUGAUAUAUACUUUAUAUCAAGUUCUUCUUGCUUAGACAAGGGAAAGUCCUCACGAAUGAUGGAGCCACAAGUGGUAGAUUUGGCUGGAGAUAUGCCACCUUCCAAGAUUGCUGAUGAGGCCAGCUUGCUUACUGAGAGUGCUUCUCAACCUCCUUUCCCGUCAUUGCAGCGAUACAUUUAG